UGCGCUCUGUUACAUGGCAACACUGCUGGUGCCGAGCAGCUGUUUUCAUCGUUCUAGGGGUGGUCGGGGGAAAGCACGAAACACCGCACGAAAGCAAAACAACCGAGAAUGAUUGAUUUUUCGUCGUGCGAUGCUUUCGUGAAAAGUAGGCGACGACGACGAGUGACUGCGAGGAAAAGCAGGCAGCUGUAGAAAAAUUUUCACAUUCACAUUCGUCGCGCUGACGAGCAGAGGGGACGAUCUCCGGAAAAAAACGUAGUCCCUUCUAAAAUAUUUGUCACAAAAAAAAAAAAAAAAAUAAUUGGCAAAAAAUGGAAAAUCCAUCAAAAUUAAAUUAGUGUAAAUAGUGGUUUUUAAGUAAAAUUUUACAGUGCUCCUUUUUUCGAAAUUCCCAGUGACAAAAGUAUGUGCGUGUAGUCAAAAUUAAAGUGCAAUUCAAUUGUUAUGCGAGCAGCUAAGGACGAAAGCAGCUGAAAAAAAAGAGAAGAGAAGAGAGGUAGUUACUAAGAAAACUCGCAUCUACGUCACAAGCUGCUGUGCGUUCGUGUGUGUGUGUUAGUGUAAGAGAGUGUGCAUGUGUGUUACACAAACCCCCGGAAAUGUAACACGCACACUAGCGCAAUUGGAAAAACUUGCACCUGAAAGUUUCGUCGUGUAUUCCAUUUUCCCCAUCUUCGUGCGCCUGCUCGUGCAGGAAAGAAGCAGCAACAACAGCAGCAGCCAGUAGUGGUAGCAGCCAAGCACCGAGAUCAGCAGAAGCGCAAAGGGCACAUCUAGGGCAGCAGUGGAAGUGAGGCGCGCAUCGGAGUCGCCCAAGUGCAGCCGUAGAAAGUAUUGGUGCGGGCACCAUGGACUCGCUCAAGUUACCAAAGGGCAACAGUCCCAACAGCAGUGCCAGCGGCAGUAACAGUAACCUGUCCGCCGCAUCCACAUCAGCUUCCGCAUCUGCAUCGGCCGCCACAUCGCCCACAUCGUCGGCCAACGUGGUUACUGGCAUGGCCAGCUCAACAAAAUCGCCGCCCGGCCUGAGCAACAGCACCACACCGAUCUCGGUGCGGUUCAAUGCCAACGAGGAGUCCCUGGACGAUAUCCUGCAAUCCUUCCAUCACAGCAAGCUCAGUCCCAGUGGCGGGGCGAGCGGCGGCGGCGAUGCCUCGCCCACCUCAACGACCCAUAACCUGUUGGGCAUGAAGAACAAUGGCCUGGGACUCAGUGGCAGUCUGGUGGUGGGCAGUGCCUGUGAUUCCUUGUCCAGCAGUCCAUCCGCUCCCCAGAUGCAAGCGGCUGCGGCAGCUCUUUUUGGUACCGAUGAAGUGAAUAUGCGAAAUAGUUUCCUGCAAGGCGGAGGCUUCUUUAAUCGCAAAAGAUCUAGCAGCAUCGAGGGAGUUUCCCCAACCUCCAGUGGAUCCAGUCUUAUAUCGACACUUUCAACGGCCAGCACAGCGAUUGGAGGCAGCGUGGGAGGCGGUAGCGCUGGCGUGGGCGUCGGCGGUGGGGGCGGGCCAGGCUCCGCUGGGGACGGAAGCACUAGCGGCGGUACCUGGAAGCUAAUCAAGGGUAAGGUGACGCAAACACUUGAGGAGAUCAAGUCCUCGAAGCAUCCGCAACCAGCGAUUCCCAUUAUUGUGGCAGAUCCGCCAUCCAUCGGGUGGAGCAACGAUCCAGAUUCGGAUACCGAGUGCAUUACAGUGAACACAUCUAUCAGUGAGGAGCUGCCCCUGGACCAGGAGGCCAAGCAGAACUCCGACUCGGACGCGGAGGCCGAGGUGCUCCAGCACGAUAGCACCAGUUUGGGCAGUGCCGAGAUCGCUCUUCCCCCUACAGGCCAUUCGGAACGGUCUCGUCUGCGUCGAGGACUGGCCCACAUUCGGUCAAAGGUGAAGGCCAAACACCAAGCAGCCGCCAUGACCAAGAAGGACAUUAGUCCCAGUGGGGCGGGAGCUCUUCCAGUUGCCCCCCCAGCGACCUCGACAGCCAGUACGGCUUCCAUACGUAGCGGCUUCCUUAGGCGGCGAAAUGUUGUGGAUGCGAGUGCGGAACCUUCCACCAGCCAUCAGGCAGAGAUUCCCAUUGCCAGUGGAAAGACCAAGAAGCGAGGUAUUCUCCUGGCCCGCAAGGAUGUGGAAAUCGAAUCCGGGGUGGAAGUUCUCGAGGACAUGGUGCCGCAGAAGGUAGGCGAAGCCGAGCCAUCCAAGGAGACAGAGGGAAAGUCCAAAAAUUCCCCAGAUGAGCCGGAUGCCGAAGGAGGCCGUACUCCAAAGGUUAAUCUGGCCGCAGACCAGGACCUGGACACUCUCUCCAUGUCCGAAACGUCUCCCAAGAAUUCGCGGAGCAAGCACAGCUUCCUGUCGAGUGUGAGCAUGGCCAGCGUGUUCCGAUGGCGGGAGAAGCACCAAGGCGCCACAGCCUUCGCCAUGCCGGUCAUUUUAUCCACCGUCCUGGGCAUCCUUGUGAUCAUGCCAGUGCACGACUUUCUGCGGGGCAUCUUCGCCACGCUGCUAUUCUUCACCAUAAUGGACGCCUGUGGCCAUCGAUUGAGGGCGUUUCUAGAAGAUUUGAUCCUGAGCUCGCACCCGGAGAGAGGGACCUUUUCCAUACCCAAUUACCAGGAUAUGCCUAUUUGCGAGAUUCCGGCCGUGGAGGAGCACAAGACCAUCAAGACCUAUUCUGGUUGGAUGAACGAACUAAACAGCUACGAUCCGGCUACCUUCUCUUUCACCCUGACGAGAGCCGUCUAUGUGCGUCUGGAUGGGAGUAUUCUGAAGAUGUCGGGCACGAAUGCCAGGAUCCCCAAGCGACGCAUGUGGAACGAGCCGGUCAUCGAUCGGCAUAAGGUCCUCUUUACGGAUCACAGAUCCUAUGAUCUCCGAGACUGUCGCAUCGAGCUCUUGCCUUUGGGUUUGGCCCGAAAGCGCUUUUUCAACCGAAAGUAUCCCAUCCAGCUGAUCAUCAAGAACAACAGGGACUUGGAGGAUCAGAAAUCCUCAGAUAGUCUCAGCGAUAAUACCAUCCAGUCGUAUGAGGAGAGAAAAUCUGGGAGCCUAACUGCGUCCACGCCACCAGGACCCGAGGACCAGCGAGACGAGAAGCAAGCUGACUUUGGCGCCACCAUAAUGCAGGCAAAUUUACAGGAUCUUCGUAAUUCCGUGAAUCCGGACAAGGAGCUGAACGACAUCACCAUGCCCUGUGGCGAUGAGGUGCGUCUGUUGCUCUUCUCCCGCUGCGACAGGGAGAAGGAAGACUGGUAUCGUCGCUUCCUGGCUGCCAGCAAGGGACAGGUCCACGAACGAGAUCUAAAAGUGCCAAUGGCUAGGUUCGUGGAGGACACGGAUCUGCAAGCGGCUGCCGCCAGACAGGCCCUGCAACUGGUCAGCGGAAUGGGUGCAACGGGAGCCGUUAAGUUCCAGAACAAAGGCAAAGAUAAAGAACCGGAGGAGCAGAACGAGGAGGUGGCAUCCACGAGUCCCACGACCAUCGACGAAUCGGAACAAACGCCUGACCAGUUUGAAAACAUCACCGAGGAAGAUUUGCUGGAAACUCCCAAAGAGGAGGAGUUCGAGGGAAUGAUAAUGAGUGCCAAUGUGGCCAGGAAUCAGCCGGACUAUGUGCGGUUCAUGGCCAUCUACCAGCAAUCUUGUAAUCGGACCUCCAUUCCCGUCACGCGAAGUUCGGUGGGAACUAUGCGAUCCUCUGAACAACGCCAAAGAAAAUCACGCCGUUCUAAACGCCAGGAGGAUGAACUCUGGAAGGGCAUAGAUCAAUCUCUAUUUCUGGGUCCCUCUGGCAGCAUUGUCUGGGCCAAUGUCCUCUUGGGUCGUUGUCUUUAUAGCGUCCUGCACGAUGCCGACUUGCACGAGAAGAUCAAAGAAGUCCUGCAGAAGAAACUAAACUCCAUCAAGCUGCCCAGCUUCAUGGAAGAGGUGAUCAUCACCAAUAUAUAUCUCGGCAAGUCCCCAGUGCUGUGCCAUCGCGUCUCCCAGCCCAUGUUGGACGAGCGUGGCGUUUGGGUGGAUGCGGACAUCACCUACGAAGGACUCUCCCACAUCACAGUGACCACAAAGUUGAAUCUGCUACGGAUUCGCGGGAAAUCCAAGUCUCCUUUAGUUUCGGAAGCAUCUGGCACCUCGGGAGCAGCCGAGAACCAGAGUCCGGAUACGCGCAGUAGUACGGAUGGGACCAGUGAGAAUGUUAUCUAUGACAGUGAUGCUGAAAGCUCGGGUGAUUCCUCCACCGAUUCCGAGAGCCCACCGCCGGGAAAUGCCCAGGAGAAUCCGCCGGGAACAGAAUUCUUCCAGAACUCACCGGGUAAUGCUCGACGCAUUUUCAAGAUCGUCGACCGCAUUGCUGCCUCUAACCUAUUCCAGUAUGCCACCGAACUUCCUUAUGUGCAGCGUGCCAUGGAGAACAUGAAUGCCAACAUAACGCUGCGAGUGGAUCUCAAGGGUAUGGUGGCUAGGGGCACAAUCAACAUGCCACCGCCGCCCUCCGAUCGGCUGUGGGUCAGUUUCCGGGGACCGCCGCGCCUCUGGAUCUCCACCAAGCCCCAAGUGGGCGAUAAAUCCGUCGACUGGUCGAUCGUGACCAAUGUUAUCGAGAGCAAGCUAUGCGAGGCUGUCAACAAGUUUCUGGUCUAUCCCAAUAUGGUGGACUUUUCUAUACCAUUCCUUAGCCAUCCCAAUUUCGAUAAUGAUCCGACCGGUGCGCCCAAUUGAAUCCAUUUUGGAUAAGGUUGAGGUUGAGGAAAUAUUUAUAAAGAUUCGAUGAAUUUAACACAAAGUGUGAGCGAGAUUUUCUACGUUAACUUUUUCUUAGUGUUGAUAUAAUCUAGAAGCCUAGCUUAGAUCUGCGAUCUCUGGUUCCGACUGCAAAAGCCUAUAUCUGGAACCGAUUCCAAAUGACAAGUUACAAAAAAAAAAAUAAUAAUAAUGAAACGCUUAUUUUGAUCACAUUCUGUUCGUUGCCGCUGAUGCAAUCCAUCACGAACCCAAUAUCUAGAUACUUUAGGUAAUAUCCCCCCUCGGCUCUUAUGGCUGCUACAAUAAUUUACAAAAAUUUCU